AUGCACGUGCCUGCGUACGAGCGAGACAGUGAAAAAGAAGGGAGGGGGAUUUUAAAGCGCAACUGGAGGAAGGAGCAGAGAGCGCGAGAGGAUGCGUUAACAGAUUCAGGGCCUGUUACAGCGGCGCACACGAGGCAAGCUAUUAUAGCUGCAGAUUGGAAAACGCUCAUCGCAACCACACACGCAGGCACUCAUACACGUGCACACAGACACGGACGUGUCACCUCCGCCUUAACUGCCAGCUUGUGAUGUGACAGGAACUGAGGAGAGUGAAUUUGGGACAAAGGGGGUACUGCCUUUAAGUUAAGAUAUGAGGUAUCUUCCCAGCCAGCUACGGGACACUCAGUCUGCAAUGUGCACCGCUUUCGACUGCUGGAGGAGAGGAACCGAGCUCUGAAGCUUGAGGUGGCCACGCUACGCCAAGAGAAGCAGCAGUAUCGGAAACUGAAAGCAAAGCUCCAUGCUGCCUUGCAGGAGAAAAAUCGUCUGAACCUUGAGCUGAUCAACCAUCACCUGAAAGCAUCCAAGUAUGACCAGGUGCGAUCGGACUAUGACCAGCUGAGACAGACCUUCGCUGUAGUGAGCCAGGAGAGAGACGUGGCCCAGCAGCAGAGGAGCCAACUCCAAGGCAAAGUGGAGAACCUGGAACAGGUUCUAAAGCAUAUGCAUGAGGCUGGAGAGCUGAAGCAGCAGCUGCAGAUAGAGCAUGAGCAAGCCUUGGUGGCCCUUCACACCAAGCAGAAGGAGAUCAAUCAACUGCAAAAGGUCAAGGUUCGUGACCUGGAGCAGAAAUGCAGGUCACAGAGUGAACACUACCACCAGCUGUCCAAAGAGUUGCUGAAUUUCCGUUUGCAAUCAGAUACUGUGGACAUCCUUAAGAUUAACCCCACAUCCACAUCCCAGAUCCCCCUCUCGCCAGAGAAGAAGCUCUCACAAGUCAUCGUCAGAUUUGAAGCCCGGCCUGAGACAGGCGAUGAGAGCGCGGCAAACACGCCGCUACUGAUCUCCCAGUUCUUGCCCUGCACACCACAGACUGGAGACAGAGAAAAGCCAGAACUGCUGUCUGUCAAGUCCAGCACCGUGACAACGGACCGCCCCAGCAGCCCUCGACAGCUGACUCCCUCAGAGAUGGAGGAUGAGGCCAGCCCAUCACCCAGGUCCAAGCCUCGCUACACAGGCCAGGUCCGCCUUUGCACUGCCCGUUACAGUUACAACCCAUAUGAUGGACCAAAUGAGCAUCCUGAAGCAGAACUCCCCCUUGUGGCUGGAAAGUAUCUGUAUGUCUAUGGAAACAUGGAUGACGAUGGAUUCUAUGAAGGGGAGCUGCUGGAUGGCCAGCGAGGACUUGUUCCUUCCAACUUUGUGGAGUUUGUCCAGGACAAGGAGAAACCAGCGAUUCAGUCGGGGGAGGGAGGGGAAGACCUGGGCCCGCUGGAUCACACACCCCUGGCCUUGACAGCAGUAGAUGGAGGUGCCUCCCAGGAUGGCCUCCUGGGCUCAGCUAAUGCCUUGGUUCCCUGUAGCAAUGGGACAGGGGGGCCCCUGGACCCUGAGGACUUGGCUGAAGACGUUGUGCCUUACCCCCGAAAGAUCUCCUUGAUCAAACAGCUGGCACGGAGCGUCAUUGUGGCCUGGGAGCCUCCACUAGUGCCUUUGGGCUGGGGGAACAUCUCUGGCUACAACGUGUUAGUAGAUGGGGAGCUUCGUGCCAGCAUCGUGUACGGUGGCCGGACCAAGUGUUUGCUGGAGAAGCUGGACCUGGACGGAUGCGUCCAUCGCGUGUCGGUGCAGGCCGUCACCGACCGGGGCUUGUCGGACGAGCUGCGCUGCACCGUGCUGGUGGGAGCCAACGUGGUGGUGGCGCCGUGCGGUCUGCGGGUGGAUGACAUCCAGCGUGACACUGCCGAGCUCUCCUGGUUGCCUAGCAACAGUAACUAUGGUCACACCGUGUUCUUGGAUGGGGCAGAGCAUGCAGUGGUAAAGCCGGGAAGGUACAGAUUACGCUUCCUCAACCUGAAGCCCCUGACGGUGUACAAAGUGACGGUGGUGGCGCAGCCACACCAGGUGCCAUGGCAGCUGCCGCUGGAGCAGAGAGAGAGGAAAGAGGCUGGUGUGGAGUUCUGCACUCAGGCUGCAGGUCCAACACCAUAUUGCAGAACAGGUCCUCCUUUGCCUCCCCAGGAUGUACAAGUCCUCUGUGGGCAGGCUCCAGGGGUCCUACAGGUCCACUGGAAGCCCCCCAACCUCUCUCCCACGGGCACCUCUAACGGGGCAAAUGUUGUUGGCUACGCAGUCUGCACUAAAGGCCAGAGGAUAGCUGAGGUGUUGUACCCGAUGGCAGACUAUGUUGCUGUCGAGCUGACAAGGAUUCAGUGCCUGGAGGCCAGGGAGGUCAUAGUCCGGACACUGUCAGUACAGGGAGAAUCCCAGGACUCCCAAGUCGCCGUCAUUCCAAACAACCUGCUCGUGCCUCUACCUGCGCUUCCCCUGCCACCGCCAAUGCACCCCCACGCAGGCCCCCCUCCACACCCCCAUGCUCAACCACACCUCCAAUCCCCUCACCCUCCUCAUGCCACACCUCAACUUCCUGGUCCCCCCCAGGCACAUGGACAACCACUCCCACCCCAUCCUCCGCACCCCCAACCCCAUCCCAGACUUCCCCAUCCAGGUGGACCCCCACAGCCCCAGCUUCGACCCCCACAUCCUCAGCCCCUACAUCUCCAGCCCCGCCCGCCCCACCAAGGUCCCAGGCCCCAGCACCAACUGCCUCUGCUACCCCACCCCCAACACCACCCUAUACCUCAGAGACCAGUAUGUGCCAGAGACCUGGAUGCCAAAGAGCACGUGGCCCACCACGGGGGAGCUGUUCCACCUGGCCAGCCUGGCUGGGACCCCACACGCUCGCCCUCUUCCCAGCCUCCUGUGCCCAUGCAAGGCCACACUCUGGAGGCCCCUCCCCUUCCGAAUCCACGCUCCCCGUCCCCCCAGAGGAUUCUCCCGCAGCCGCGGGGCACGCUUAUCCCGGACACAGUGGCCAAAGCCAUCGCCCGAGAGGCGGCACAGAGGGUGGCAGCAGAAAGUGGCAAGGGGGACAGGAGGCAGGACAGAUACGGAGAGCAGGGUCAUUCAUUUCACCAGCAUCACUCCGAUGAGGAGGAGGAAGAUGAAGAAGGCUUUGCGCACGGCCGACGGAGAGGACCCUCCGUCGACGAGUUCCUCAGAGGCUCAGAGCUGGGGAGGCCGCCUCACUAUAGUCACAAUGAAGAUUAUCACAGCGAAAGCAGCCGGGGCUCUGACCUGUCUGACAUCAUGGAAGAGGAUGAGGAGGAGCUGUACUCUGAGAUGCAGCUGGAAGAGGGACGCCGACGCAACUCGCACAACACACCCAAGACAAACACUCCUGUCGGAGGCCGUCAUGACCGGGACACUGGGAGAAGAAUUCAUCAUGGCGGUCCGCAGCCUCAGAGACGACCUCUAAUGGUCCCCUCCAUAGAUGGCUACAGGGACCGGGAUCGCCGCUCCCCAACGUACUACGAUGAGUCGGAGCCCGAGGAGUCCUUCAGGAUCUUUGUGGCCCUCUUUGACUACGACCCUCUGUCCAUGUCCCCCAACCCUGAUGCAGCUGAUGAGGAGCUGCCCUUCAAAGAGGGCCAGAUCAUUAGGGUGUACGGCGAUAAAGAUACAGAUGGGUUUUACAGAGGAGAAGUGAGGGGCAGGAUGGGGCUGAUCCCGUGUAACAUGGUGUCAGAGAUACGAGCGGAGGACGAGGAGACCUUGGACCAGCUCAUCAAACAGGGCUUCCUGCCACUCAGCACCCCUGUGGACAGAAUAGGUACUACGCGUGCAUACUUGCUGUGGGUUUGAACACACCUUUAUUUUUACUUUCUCUUAACAUAUUGUCUGUUUCUACUUCCAGAGCAGAACAGAAGAGGCCUGCGUCGAGAUCAGGCCUCGAGGAGGAUGGUGGCUCUGUACGACUAUGACCCCCGAGAGAGCUCCCCUAAUGUUGAUGUCGAGGCUGAGCUGACCUUCUGUGCUGGUGACAUCAUCGCUGUGUUUGGAGACAUUGAUGAAGAUGGAUUCUAUUAUGGUGAGAUGAACGGCCACCGCGGACUGGUUCCCUCCAACUUCCUGGAAGAAGUGCCUGAUGACGUGGAGGUGUAUCUGACCGAUACUCCGUCCCACUACCCCCAGGAAGAGCCUGCCAACCGGCCCCCUGCCAACUCUGCCGCCACCGUCUCAGAGGGCAAACGGAUUACCACAGAAACCACCGACACGGUCGACAACGACGCCGCACCCGUCCGAGCGCCGUCCCCGAUUGUUCGGCCCCUCCUCCCGGGUACCAUGAGACCCCUGAGCCCGACGAGGGCCCCCCACAUCCCGCUGGAUCCCCGGGACGCCCAGGACUCCCAAGAUCUUGCGAACAAGAAGAAGAAAGGACUGCUCUCUAAGGGGAAAAAGCUGCUGAAGAGACUCUCCCCUGUGAAAUAA